AUGUGGCUGCCCCUGCUCCUGCAGGCCUUUCUUCUGCUCCCUGGGGCUGGAACAGAGGAGAUCAUCGGGGGCCAUGAGGCCAAGCCCCACUCCCGCCCCUACAUGGCGUUUGUUCAGUUUCUGGUUAGGGAGCGCAAGAAGAGGUGUGGCGGCUUCCUAGUGCGAGAGGACUUUGUGCUGACAGCUGCUCACUGCUGGGGAAGGUCACUAAGUGUCACCCUGGGGGCCCACAAUAUUAAGCAGCCAGAGCAGACCCAGCAGGUCAUCCCUGUGAGAAGAGCCAUCCCCCACCCAGACUAUGAUUCUAAUAGAUACUCCAACGACAUCAUGCUACUGCAGCUGGAGAGAAAUGCAGAGGUGACGGCAGCUGUGCAGCCCCUUGAGCUUCCUGGGCACAAGGCCAGGGUGAAGCCAGGCCAGGUGUGCAGUGUGGCUGGCUGGGGCAAGGUCUCUAUGGACACUUUAGCGAACAAACUGCAAGAGGUGUCACUGACGGUGCAGAAGGACGAGGAGUGCGAAAGUUUCUUCCCCAACCAUUACAUCAGAGCCACCGAGAUUUGUGUGGGGGACCCAAAGAAGACAAAGUCUGGUUUCAAGGGGGACUCUGGGGGACCCCUUGUGUGUAACGGCCAGGCCCAUGGCAUUUUCUCCAGUGGACAAACCAGCGGGAAACCUCCAGGCAUCUUCACCAAGGUCUUACACUUCCUACCCUGGAUAAAAACAACAAUGAACUGCCUCGAACAGCGGGCAUAA